ACAUCCGCCGUUUCCCUCCGGAAGUACAGUUAAUUUUUAUUCACAGGGAAAAAAAACAGCUGUUGUUGAAAAAGAAAACAUCAAAGUGAGUUUCAUUGACGGAUGUCUUGACUUUAUCUUCUCGCAGACAUUAGUACAAAUGCCAGCGCCAAAGAGAGGAUCAUCUCCUCAUGAUUCUCAGCCCAAGAUGAGGAAGUUGGAUGAGGAUGGAGAGGCUCUGCCAUCCAAAACUACACCAGCUACCAAUAAUAGGUCCCUUAAAACAGGAAAUACUCCAGAAAAGACAGCAGCCCCACGGACUAAGAAAAAACUUUGUGCUUCAGCUGAAGGGGGGAAUAAACCAGCCAAGUCAUCCAAACAGAGUUCCCCUCCAAAGGAUUCCAGCAAAACCAUUUCUGACCCACCUGUCAAAAAAGCCAAGCUCCUGAAAGCCACAAGUGCCUCCUGCGGAGAAGCUCCCUCGCAGAAAGUUUACUCCAAAGCUUCCCUGAAGCGAACAGCCUCCACAGAGUCUGAGGAUGAGUUGAGUAGUGAUAGUAGUAAGACUGACCUCUUCAGAGAGAGGGAUGAUGGCGACAAGGCCCGCUGCAUCAGAAAAUAUUCUAAUCGCGUCAAAGCUAAGCGCAGGGUUGAAGAGUCAACGUCUGACCCACAGGAGACAGGCCAAGGGUCACCAUCUGCACCGGGAGACCCUGUUCAGAUGGACCACAAUUAUGGUAGAUUUUCAGAUUCAAGUCCGGGAGAGGCUAAUCAAGAUGAUAAAAAAGAAUCUGCACAGUCAGUCACUGAAGGAGAGACACAAGAAAUGUCAGUUAAUGCACCACAAGCAGAGUCAAAGGAAAGCGUAGUCUCUAUAGGAGGGAGUGCAAAAGCUAGCAUUGAGUUUGAGUGUGCAGCUGAUGAAAGUAAACAUGAGGAAUUUAAAAUUUUAGAAAGCCAAAAGCUCAUAGAUAAUGAAGCACUAGUAUCAUGUAGAGAAAUAUUAGACUCUGCAACGGCAACAGCUGCAGUGUCACCUUACCUCACAUCUGAGGCAGGGGGAAAGGAAAAGGAGGACGUUGCCUUCAAAAGCCAAAAGGAUGUAGAUAAUGAAAGACUUGCCACGUCAGCGGAAACACUAUAUUUUUGCACUGGAGAGGCAAAUCCAGGCUGUGAAGGUGAAGUACAGGUAAAUGAAAGAACAUCUUGUAAAAGUCAGACAGAUGUGAGCAGUGAAACUGAAACAAAUGAGACCACAGAGACCGUUUCUGAGGAGAUAAAGCUGGAUAUGAAAUGUAAAAGUAAGGAAGAAGAGAUUCAAAUGAAGGGAGAGAUUGAAGCAGCCAGUGUCUCUGCAGGCUAUAGUGAUGUAGAAGAUAACGCAUUGUCAAACAAAACAAACUCUGCACCGGAAAAGAUCCUGGUAGAAGGUAGUUCUCCAGAGGGUCAGACUGAGGAAAAUCUAACAACAACAGCAACAACAACAACAACAGAGUCUGUUGGCAAUCCAGGGACUCAAACAGACCUCAGUGUCAAAAUUCAAGUUACUUUCAAAGAGGAAUCAAAAUCUGAGGAUCGAGUGAGUCAUCAAGGGCCAGAUGCCAUUACCAACUCAUGUGACGGUGUGAACAAACUAGUCAGAAAGUCUGAAGAAAGUGAAAGGAAAGGAGUCGAGUUCCUGUCGACUCAGACUGUUGCUGGUCCUGGGUCUUUGGCUGAGCUACAACUGAACCAAGUGGUGAUGGACAAGAUAACUGACAGCUGUUCUGAAAUACUGACACCUGAUUGUGAGUCUGUUCCUGAGCAAAGUCAAAGCGAUGUGCUCUCCGAUUGUUUCACAGUCUCAGAGGGUCAGACAGACGUGGACAUGCACACUAAGAUAACAUCAGAGGAGCGCUCUGACCUAGCCCCUAAAGAGGAUAAACAAAACCACAAAAUGAAAGACCACAUAACAGAAAUACCUGUUAAAGUCAAAGAAGAUGCUAUGAUAAGUGAAGAAAAAGAACAGGAGAUGAACUUUGAAUGUGCCACUGCGCACACUGAGAUUUCUAAUCAAGCCGCUUCACUGGAAAUACAAAGCCAAAAGAACCAGGAAGUCAGUGAAUGUGCCACAGACAUAUCUACAGAAUUUAACGAGGAUCAUGCAUUACAUUCUAAAAUAAUGGAAAAUGAAGAAAACAAGAACUUUGAACGUACUAAUGGACCUGAGACACAGACUACAACGGCAUCAGAAAUGUCUAAUCCUGCAUCUACGGCGGAAGUACAAAGCCAGGAGAGGCCAAUAGACGGUGACCUCACCACAGACAUGUCUGAUAAAGCACAGAAAUGUCCAGUUGCAAAUUGUCAGCAUGCCAAAGAUGAAGGCAGGGUUGAUGAUGAAUGUGUUGCUGCUGCUGAAAAUCAAAUAGAAGUGGACAUGCAGACAACAACGACAUCAGAGGAGAUAUCUAACAUCGUACCUACUGUGGAAAUAGAAAGCCAGGAUGGCAGUGAACCUACCACAGACAUAUCUGCUGAACUUCAUGAGGAUCAUACGGUUGGAAAUAUGGAAAACAAGGUGAACUUGAAAUUGGUUACUGUCCCACAGAGUCCAAUAGAAAUGGAAAUUCAGGCUACAUCAACAUCCGAGGUUUCAAAUCCAGCUGCUUUGGUCGAAAUACAGAAAAGCCAAAUAGAAGUGGACAUGCAGACUACAGCAUCAGAGGAAAUAUCUAACACAGCACCUACGGUGGAAAUACAAAGCCAGAAAAGUCUAAAUGAAGUGAGUGUGGACACCGCAGCGACAUCAGAUGAAAUAUCUAACCCAGCACCUACAAUGGAAAUACAAAGUCUGAAAAGUCUAAAUGAAAUGAAUGUGGACCUCGCAGCGACGACCGAGGAAAUUUCUUACAUGGCACCUACAGUGGAAAUACAAAGCCAGAAAAUUCUAAAUGAAGUGAAAGUAGAGACUGCAGUGACAUCAGAGGACAUGUCUAACAUGGCACCUACAGUAGACACUCAGGUCCAGAAGAGCCAAGAAAUCAUUGAACCUGCAACAGACAUAUCCGAGAAAGUUCAAGAAUGUCUAAUGAUUCAGACUCCUGAAAGUAAUGGAAAUGAAAACAAAGUUAAAACAGAAUGUGUCAGUGCAGCUGAGAGUCAAAGAGAAAUGGAUUUGCAGACAGCAGCAACACAAGAGGAGACCUCUGAUCCAACAACUACAGUAGAAACACAAACUCAGAGAGGUCAGGAGGUCAGUGAACUCACAACAGACGCUCAACUGUUACAUUUUUUUGUUGUUGCCAAUACUGAGAGUGCAGAAAACAAGGAAAAGGUGAUCACAGAAUGUGUGGAUGCUACUGAGAAUCAAAUAGAAAUGGAUGCGCAAACAACCCCAACGCCAGAGGAGAUUUCUCACCUACCACCUACAGUGGAAAUACAAAGCCAGGAGGUCAGUGAACUCAACACAGAAGUUCAAAAAGAUCUAGUGACUGCAAGUUGUGAGCGUAAGGAAAAUGAAGAUAGGGUUACUGCUGAAUGUGUUGAUGUUCCAGAGGUUCAAAUAAAUAUGGAAACUACUACAACGCCAGAGGAGAUUUCUAAUGCAGCACCUACAGCAGAACUGCAAAACCAGCGGAUGGAGGAAGUCAAUGAAUCCGCUAUGGUCUUAUCAAAUGAAGUUCACAACCCUCUUCCUAUGGCUGAAAGUAAGGAUAAUGCAAACAUGCAGACAGACCCUAGUGCUGCGGUUGUCCAAGGGGAUAUGGAUGUAAUAAGUGGAUCGGUAGGAAAAGUAGAUUCUGCUUUAGAAGAGGAAACAGGGAGACAAGUGAUUAAUGAAGUCAAAGGCGAGGCUGAAAUCAUUUCCUCUGAUAAGGCUGACCAAACAGUCAGUGAUAUUGAAGGACAAGAAGGAGGAACUGAAAGCAAUAAAGAGAUAUUUUUUGUUUGUGGCCAACCGGAUGAUGUUGAUAUUUUAAUUCAGGCAUCAGAAGAGCAGAUUAAGACGGUUAAUCAGUCAGAGGUUGAGAUUCAUGAAAACCAGAUAGUGUAUGAGCCCAUUAGUAGUCCGGAGAGUAAUGAUGGUAGAGAGAUUUCUACAGCAUCAGAGGACCACGCUGGUGUGUCUUUACUGGAGAUGGCGAACACCCAGCAGAUGGAAGGAGAUUCAUCUACUAAUGAAGAAAACAGCUGUAACCAACAACUGGACAAAGAGGGAAACGUCGAGCAACAAAUGUGUGACAGCCAAGAAGUUGAAAUGGAAGCACAAACUGUCAGAGUGCCAGAGAGUUGUGUCCCUGCACAGUUGGAGCAGAGUAACAUGAAUGUUGAUGGGAAACAAGUUGCAGUGAUCAGCUCUAGCGAUGACAUCAGCAUGCCAGAUGGCCAGUCAGAAGAUGCACCAGAAAGUAGUGAAAGGAAUGGGUAUCCAGACUGCGUCAGUGCCACAGAGUCUCCUGAACAGGUGCAGGAGAACACUGGACUUCAGGAGGUUUCAGACGUCACGGUGACAACAACCACGGCCACCUCUGAGGUUGAAAUACCAGAUAGUACAUCUGAGGAGUUUGUGAUCUUAGAACCAAUCCCAGCAGACGAAAUUCACUUUGAUAUCGUCACUCGAGCAGCGGCUGAAUCGGGUUUGUCAGACUCACCUUCAGAGCAGGUGAAUCCAGACAGUGCUUUAGAAGGCGACGUGGAAAAUGAAAUGAUUUUAAAUGGUUCUCAACAAACCUUCUUCCCUGAGGCAGAAGUGCAGCAAUGUCAAACAACUGAUGAGAUCAAAGUGACAAAUUCAGGUGAGGUUUUAGAUCAGGAGACCAGGCUGGGGAGAGAAAUCUCAAAUGAGGAAAGUGUUGAAGUUAUUCAAAAUGCUGACCACAGCCAGCAGCCAUCAUCUGACAUGAUGGAUGUUAAUACCUCAGAGGUUGAGAUGGCAAACUCUCAUGCUCAAGUCACAAAUGAAGACUGCAAUGCACUGGUGAUAGAGAAUGCUGAGGCUGAUUUGUACCUGCAAGAAGUGCAGCUUCUGGAGGAUAUAGAGAUUGGUCGUGAGAUCGUAGUAGCCGAGGAAGAGAACGAUGAAGAUAGUGACAUUACAAUAAUAGAAAAUCCCCAGGAAACAGCUGAGGCAGUCCCUCCUAAAGAGUCUGAGAAAAAGGUUAAUGAGAAAACUGGAGCUGACACUUGUGGGAGCAGCUUGAAGCAAAACAGCACAGCUGAAACGACUGAAGAUGAUAAAAAGGCAGAAAAACCCAAGAAACAACAAAUGAACACACAGGCCAGAACCAAAGCCCGUCUGGCAGCUCUGGCUGAGCAGAAGGCUGCAGCAUCUAAGAGAACAGCUAACAGACAGCAGCUGAACCUCUUAGCUUUGUGUCAGGAGAUCGCAGAGGACAUAGCUACAGACAGCAUGCUGUUGAAGAGGAUAGAAGAAGAAAAACAAGCAGCAGCAGCGGCGGCGGCAGCAGCAGCAGUAGCAGCAGCAGCUACGGCAGCCAAUAGUGAAGCCAGCAAGAAGGAAAGUCCACCUGUUAACAUGCACGGGGCAGACACUGUUAAUGUUCCGACUCCUGCUGGACCAGAAGGGAGCUGUGCUUCAGGGACCCCUGCUGAGGAGGCACCUACGGCCCAGCCCUCAGUGGAUGAUUCAGCUGAGGCUAAGCCUGCUGCAGAGCCUGCCGCAGAGCCUCCAAAGAGGCGUUUCUUCGUCACACAGAUUUCAGUGCCACUGAAAGUCCACGAGAAAAAGAAGCUAACUAGGUAUCAAAGACUGAGACAGGUUGAACUGCAGAGAGAGAAAAUGUCUUGGGCACGUGUAAAGAAACUUAAAUCUGACCAAGCAAAUCAGAUGUUUUCAGACAUAGAUUGGCAAGUUCCCCUGUCUGCAUCCUCUCCAUUUUCAGUGAGUCCUGUGACCACAGCUCCUCCACCUGCAGCCAGUCCACCGAAAACACCUCUCCCAUGUCCUGCCUCAACUAGCAAGCCUGCAACACCCAAGGCAGAAGUCCCUAAGGUUGACACUCCUAAGGCUGAACCCAGUAAGACUGAACCCACUGAAAUGGAAACCCCCAAAAGUGAACCCACAAAACCUGAACCUGCCAAAGCUGAAGCCUCCAAAACGGAGACUCCUAAUGCUGGAACCCGUAAAUCUACAAGGCAAAGUAAAGCUCAAACUCUUAAAGAAACCCCUGCUCUGGGGCCCGUCCCAAAAGUGACCAGAUCAGCAGCCAAGAGGGCCCUCCCAGCGGUACCCCCUCCCAUGCCCAACGGACUUAAUGGUCAAAAACCGAAGCCUGUCGAGUACAAGCCAUACAGACCCAGGCCCAAGUAUUCCUUUGAUGACUUUGAACUAGAUGAUGACCCAUUACCAGUAGCUCCAACAAAGCCCAGUCCUCAGUCAAGGCCCACACAGCCGACACGACCUAACGUUCAGUCAAACCCCACAGCUCAAUCUAAACCCACGGUUCAGUCAAAACCCACAGUUUCAUCACAUCUUGCCAACCAGGCAAAACUCAAAGCUCAGACUACACCUGCUGGACAGAUCUCAGGUCAGUCAAAGCCGACUGCUACAGCUACAGCUACAGCUCAGGCAAAGCCUGCCGGUUCCACCACUCCACAGUUAAAGCCUGCCAUUGCGACAACAGCCCAGUCGAAGGCCACAGCUACUGCCGCGGCUUCUUCUAAACAUGUUCCACCAGUUCAAGCUCAAUUAAAGUCUCCUGUUUUGACAACACCUCAGUCAAAAGCUGUUUCAGCUCCAGGUCAGUCCAAGCCUGCUGCUUCUGUUUCUCCUCAGUUAAAGCCUGCUGGCAGUGGAGGUACAGCUCAGCUCCAGCAGUCAACAGCAUCUCAGGCUGCAGGUUCAACCACGUCUGAGACAAAGCCUGCUGCUCCAAAGGCCGACGUUGGUUCAGUGCCUCAGAAAACCCCAAAUCCACCGUCAUCAGAAGAUGGCAAAUGCAAGGAUACAGCUGAUCCCACCUCCUCCCUGCCCUCUGAAGACUCAAAAGUGUCUGAUGACACACAGAAGAGUGAAGUAAAGCCUGCAGUCACUGGUGUUGAUCCUACUCUGGGGAAUAAGACCGAGACAGCCGAGACAGCCGAGAAGGCAUCGGAAAAACCUCAAGACAGAGCAGCGGAGCCACAAGAUGACAGGACUCCUCUCUCUGAUGCUUGUCUGCAAAAAGAAGUGAAGAAACUAAAGGAGGCUGACAAAGAUGGCACCCAAACCAUUAUUGAUGCAGGACAGAAGCAUUUUGGAGCAGUGGCCUGUAAUGUGUGUGGGAUGCUCUACUCUGCUGCCAACCCUGAAGAUGAAUCUCAACAUUUACUCUUCCACAACCAGUUCAUCAGCGCUGUCAAAUAUGUGGGAUGGAAAAAAGAGAGGAUACUGGGAGAGUAUCCUGACGGCAAGAUCAUUCUUGUCCUGCCAGAUGAUCCCAAAUAUGCUCUGAAGAAGGUCGAGGAGAUCAGGGAGAUGGUGGACAACGACCUCGGCUUCCAGCAGGUGGAGACCAAGUGUCCCUCUCAGACCAAGACCUUCCUCUUCAUCUCCAAUGACAAGAAAGUGGGCGGAUGCCUUAUAGCAGAGCACAUACAAGAGGGAUACAGGGUGAUUGAGGAGCCAGUACCGGAGGGUUCAGAGGGAGAAAAGGUGAUGUUUGAACGUCAGAGAGCCUGGUGCUGCUCCACAACACCGGAGCCGGCCAUCUGCGGCAUCAGCCGCAUCUGGGUGGUCAACAUGAUGAGACGCCGGGGCAUCGCCUCACGCAUGCUCGAGUGCCUCAGGAACAACUUCAUAUACGGCUCAUACCUGAGCAAAGAUGAGAUCGCUUUCUCCGACCCCACACCCGAUGGAAAACUCUUUGCCACACACUAUUUUAGCACUUCUCAGUUUUUGGUUUAUAACUUUGUGAGUGGAACAAGCUCGUCCCAGCCCAACGCUGAUGCAGUAUGACAGUCUUCAGGAGAGGUAACCAUGGAUUUAACUGAGACGCCCACUGACCAACGGGACACACCGUCACUAAACAGUGUCUGAUGCAGAAUCUGUAUUUGCGUAACCAUUUAAAAAAAACUACAACUGUAAAUUACUCCUUGGAGAGGACACAUUGGUUUAAAUCUCAGGAUGAAAACAACGAGGUGUUGUUGACAUUUUCUAUUAAUUCACCCCCUUAAUUCCUCCCCGAAUAGUAUUUUGAAAAAAGAAAAAAAGAGUAUUUUCUUUAUACAUUUUUAAGUAAACAAUUGGUUUUAUUAGAAGUAUAGAGUUUACAUGCAUGACCCGAGAGCAAUAGAAAACAAGGAGCAUUUCAUUGGAGAAGCAUAAGGUUGACCGGCUGCAUUAAAUAAAAUGGUUAUGUUGGAGUUUUGUUCUCAUUCUGUUUGAAUGUUUUUUUACUUACAUUAUGUAGUAAACUACAGUAUGUGUACAUUGAGGGUUUUCUCAUGUCAAUCUUUUAACAGGUAAAAGCGAUUCCGCCCUCGUCUCAAGUUUUGUUUUUAAGCUUAAAGGUCACGACUGCACGAUUUCUAUUGGGCGGUUAAAGUUGUCGUUUUUCCACAUCAGUCCCCCUGAUUUCACUGUCAUGUUUAUUUGUAACAUUUCAAACUUAUCACCCAAACCCGGUGAUUUAAUCGGAAGGACUCAUUUCAACAACCUGGUUAAGGAGAUGUGGGUUAGAGAACUGUAGCUUGGGCAUUAAUUGUGUGCUCUAUGUUUCUCAGAUCACUUUGUCUGAAACGUUUAGUUUUCCAAGCUGAGCCAUACACUGUACACCAUUUAGCAGGGCAUUGUAGCCUAUACUGUAUGGGUGACGUAUUUUAAUUUCACAGAGGCUGUCUAUUGCUUUGUUUGUGCCUGAAUGAAUAAUGUGGGACUAAAUAUUUCGAUUUGUUUAUGUUUUCUUAGCCAUACUUUAUGGCUUUUUAUUGAGUUAGUGUAGAGUAUCAUCCUCCUAUUCUUUAGUAACAACAAAUUAAAAUGUAUAUCAAAUUAUCAUGUAGAGUUAUGCAUACUAUAACAACAUUUAUAAUGGAUGAGCAAGGUCUUUUGGCUCAGGUGUUAAAUGGUAUUAGGGAGUGAUGGUAAAUGGCAUUUAGGUUCAGCCUUUAUGAUCACGAACAGGAACAUUUGCUCAGUGAUCAACAUGAGGAGUUGAGAUGAACCUCUGCCACUCUCAACACAGAUCUACAGUAUCAUUGUACUCCAUCCCUUAUUUUCUUCUUCCUUCUUGUUAAAGCAGUUGCUUUUAGAAAGAUGUGUCGUGUAAGAAAAAGAAAUUUGAUUUAUACGAGGCUGUUAUGUAAAUAUUUAUUUAAAUAAUAAACGAUUUAAAAC